GGGGAGGAGCGAGGGAGGGGGAAGGGAGACCAAGAGACGCGCUCGUCGUCGUCGUCGCCCCGGCCCACAACACGCCAACGAGCGGGGCACGCCCAGCCCACAAGAGCCUCAGUGCACCUUGACGACCACGACCACCGCACCUUGACGACCCACCCUCACGACCCGCACCACCCUCGCUCGACCCGUCCUCCCGCCCCUCCUCGCGUCGCUCGAGCACCCGCCCGGCACACAAAGGGCUCCCGCCCUCGCCUCGCUCAAGAUGGCCAUCUUCAAGAAGCACAAGAAGGACCAGAACGGCUCGGCCUCGAAUCGCGCCGACGCCAUCGGCUCGCCCCCGCUCCACUCGUCCACCACCGCGACCACCGCCUCACCCGGCCACCCCGCCCCGCCAAAGCCCCACUCGCUCAACGGGAGCAUGGGCAGGUCUGGCAUCCCCGUCCCAGGCCCGUCCCUGUACGCCUCGAACGGCUCGCUCGCCAACAGCGCCGGCCCGACCGCUCCUCCCACUUCCUCCGCCUCGAUCCUCCCUCAACAAGGCGCCACGGCCUACCAGCAGCCACCGCCCGCCGUCCAGCCGUCGUCCCACACCGUCCUGUACCCGUGGUCCCAGCGCCACGUCUCGCUCCUCCCCUCUCAGCUCCUCCCGCCCUCGUCCCCCGUCGACUCGCCCGCCCAGCCCUUGACCCCCCUCCUCGGCCCGCCGUCGCCCCUCCCCUUCCCGCGCUACGGCCACUCGGUCAACCCGGUAGCGACCGCGAGCCCGUCCGGCGACCUGUACAUCUUUGGCGGCCUCGUCCAGAACGCCGUCAAGAACGACCUGUUCGUCGUCCACGCCGCCGCCGCCGGCGCACCCCCCGUCGCGCCCGCACCCGCACCCUCAGGCGCACCCGCAUCGGCGUCGACCGUCGUGCCGCUCCCUGUCGCCCUCAUCGAGACGCGCGGCGAGGUGCCCGGCCCGCGAGUCGGCCACGCGAGCGUCGGCGUCGGCAACGUCCUCAUCGUCUGGGGCGGCGACACCAAGUCGCGCCCCGAGGAGCGCCAGGACGACGGCCUGUACCUGUUGAACCUGAGUACGCGCGACUGGACCCGUGUCAAGACGGUCGGCCGCGCGCCAGAGGGCCGGUACGGUCACGCCGCCGCCAUGGUCGGCAGCCGCUUCUUCGUGUUUGGGGGCCAGACGGACGAUGGCGGGUUCCGCAACGACCUGUGCUGGUUCGACCUCCAGAAGCUCAAGAUGGGCCAGCCGUCGUGGUCCCUCUACAUCUUCGGCGGCACCGACGGCCAGUACCACUACAACGACACGUGGCAGUACGACCUGUCGUCGGGCGAGUGGACCGAGCUGGCCUGCAUCGGCUACAUCCCCGUCCCGCGCGAGGGCCACGCCGCGACGCUCGUCGACGACGUCAUGUACGUCUUUGGCGGCCGAGGCGUCGACGGCAAGGACCUGGACGACCUCGCCGCGUUCAAGAUCUCGAACCAUCGCUGGUUCAUGUUCCAGAACAUGGGCCCGGCGCCGUCGGGCCGCAGCGGACACGCCAUGGCGACCUAUGGCAGCAAGGUCCUCGUCCUCGGCGGCGAGAGCUACACGAGCACAAAGGCCGACGACCCGGCGUUCAUCCACGUCCUCGACACGACCAAGAUCAAGUACCCGCCCGACUCGGCUCGUCCUGCGCCAGCACCGCCAGCCGCACCCAAGCUGUCGCACCACCCGCAGCAGGCGAUGCAGCAGCAGCAGUUCCCGCGAGCCCAGCAGCAGCAGCAGCAGCUCUCGUCGCCGCCGCUCCAGCCGCUCUCGUCGUCGGCGCCUCCCUCUUCCGGCGGCGCACCGCUCCCGCCGACGUCUCAGCAGCAGCAGCAACCUGCCCAAGCCGGCCCCGUCAAGCGCAAGUCGAGCAUCCCCGCGCCAGGGUUUGCCUCGGGCUCGCGCAGCGCCGGCGCCGGCGGCUCGAGCUCCGACUCGGACGCACGGGCGCGCGCCGCCUCGGCUAGCCCGACGGGCUCGCAGCGCGGCGAGUACCGCAACCUCAAGUCGUCGUCGUCGCUGCCGGCCGUCGCCGCCGCCGCCGCCGCCGCAGGAGGAGCAGGCGCCCUCGGCGCCGCCAUGCUCAACGGCGGCUCGUCGCCGUCACCGCCGCCGCCCGGUCCCGCGCCGGGCUCGCCGACCGCGUACAACACGCCGAGCAGCCCUCGGCGCGACCGCGCCGGCGCGCAAGGCCCGCAGCGCCCCGCACGGCCCGACGACGCGCCCGCGUUCACCGCCGGCGUCGUGCCCGCCGCGCCGAGCUCGCCGAGCAAGUCGAGCCGCCGCGAGCGCGAGCAGCGCGAACGCGAGGCGAGCGUCGGCAGCGCGUCGACCGCGCACACGGGCGGCGUCGUCGACCCGCAGCGACAGCAGCAGCCGCAGGGCGCCUCGCCCCAGAUCCCGGCUCCGGCCGACGCGUUCUACUACCGCGCGCCGGCGCCCUCGUCGGUCAACGGGCAGCCGCAGCUGGGCGGAAGCGUCGAGAACGGCGCGGCAGGAGGCGAGGGCGACCUGAGCCCGGCGGACCGUGCGCUGCCCGCGAGCCAGGACGGGCACCUCCCCGUCCCGGCCCCGGCGCCCGCCGCAGCCUCGAGCUCGUCGCCGCACCACGCCGAGCAGCUUGCGCGCCUCGAGCGCCGCGAGGGCUGGCUGCGCGAGGCGCUGCGGCGCGCCGAGCAGCAGGGGUUCGUGCUCGUGCCGCAGGAGGGUGAGCGGAACGACGCCGGCGACGAGGAGCGCGAGGCGCUGAGGAGCGUCGGUGCGGGCGAGGGCGAGGGCGAUGAGCGCGAGAGGAGGGUCAAGGAGGUCGUGCUCGGCAUGAAGGGCGAGCUCGCGAGGGCCAAGACCGCCAUGGCCGAGCAGGUCUCGUCGCUCGACGAGCGCUUCCAGGGCGCCGACCGCGCCCGUCUCGCCGCCCUUCAAGAAGCCGCCUACUACCGCGCCAAGCUCUCUGCGUUCGAGUCGUCCUCCCCGUCCGACCUCGCCAAGCUCGAGCGCGAGCGCACCGCCUCGCUCGAGGCCCAACUCGCCGACGCCCUCUCGGCGCGCGAGGCCCUCUCGUCGCAGCUCGCCGACCUCCAGCAGUCGGUCUCGCACCACGCGUCGAUGCGCAGCGCUGCCGACGAGCGCCACGCCGAGGCGGCCCAGCGCGCCUCGACCGCCGAGUCGUCGCACGCGCAAGUCCUCGCCGAGUUUGCCAAGCUGCAGAGCCGCGCCGGCGAGCACGAGCGCCAGCUCGGCGAGCACGUCGACCAGCUCGCGGCGUUGCAGGCGAGCUCGAGUGUCCUCGAGGGCGAGCAUGCCCGCGCGCGCGAGCAGCUCGCAGAGCACGAGGCGAGCACGGCCAACUGGCUCGCGACGCUCGAGGGCGCCUCGACCGCGCUCGGCGCGGCGCAGAAGCGCAACGACGAGCUGAGCGCGUUGUGGGACGAGGCCAAGGACGCGCUUGAGCAGGAGCAGGAGCGGGUCGUCGAGCUCGAGAAGGAGCUCGAGAGCCUGAGGGUCGAGCGCGACCGCGCGACCGAGCGCGCCGAGGAGGCCGAGCGCCUGCACAUAUCGACGCGCGAGGCGCACGAUGCGUCGCACGCGCUCGCGACGGGCGGCCUCGCGCAGCUCAUCGCCGCGCACCGCAACGGCGCCGGUCGUCGUGCGGGCUCGCGAGGCUUGCGUAACGUCGGCGCGUCGUCCCCCUCGUCGGGCGACCAGGUCGGCGCUCGUGACGUGCACGACGACGACGACGACGACCUCGCGCCCGAGCACGCCGCCCGCGUCCGCGCCGCCGACGAGCAGGUCGCCACCCUCCGCCAGCAGCACUCGCAGGUCCAGGACCGGCACGCCGCUCUCUCGGCCGAGCUCGCGUCCGCCCGCGAGCGCGAGGCCGGCCUCCUCGUCCAGCUGUCGACGCUGCGCACCCAGCUGUCGACCGUCCAGGCGGCGCACACGCAGGCGCUCGACGACCUCGGCUCGCACAAGUCGCUCGUCGCAACCCACGAGGCGACCGCCCGCGACGCGUCGCGCGCACGAGACGCCGCGAGCGUCAAGGCGGGCGUCUUGCGCUCGUUGCUCGCCGACCACGGCCUCGCGGCGCAGGCGCCGAGCGAGGACGAGCUCGCGAGCCGGUUCCCGAGCAUGACGGGCUCCGAGUCGCCCGACCAGCUCGCCAAGCGCGUGCUCGAGCUCGAGGGCGAGCUCGAGGUGCGCGUUCGGCAGAAGGCGCAGCUUGAGGAGCGCGUCCGGGAGCACGAGGGCGAACACGGCCGGCUGAGGGAGGAGCUCGACCGGGCGAGGAGCGGUGGCGGCGAGGACAAGGAGCGAGCGGGCAAGGCGCAGGAGGACCUCGAAGCGCUCAAGGUGCGCCACGAGAACCUCGAGGCGACACACCUCAAGGCGGUGCAGUACGUCAAGGGCACCGAGAAGAUGCUCCGCCGCAUGAAGGACGAGCUCACGCGGCACAAGGAGCGCGCUGACAAGGCCGAGGCGCACUGCAACGAGCUCGAGUCGCAGAUGGGCGAGCUGCGGUCCCGCUCCGAGGCGUCGUCGCAGGAGACCGUCGCCCUGCACGACCGCCUCUCGGCCCUCCAGAACGAGUACCAGGUCGCGCUUCGACAGCACCAGGACUCGGCGCAGGCCAAGGUCGAGGAGCUCUCGACCGAGCUCGACCAACUCGACGCCAAACUCGACAAGGCCAACCACGACCUCGAGGAGACGCUCGCCGUCAACGCGUCGCUCAACAAGGAGCUACAGGCGGCGCUCAAGAACCCGGCAUUGCCUCGGGCGGCAGGCGGCGCGGCGACGUCCUCGGGCGACUACUCGCGCUUGCAGGCCGAGCUCGAGCAAGCCGAGAACCAGGCCGAGUGGCUCAAGCGCGAGAACGCGACGCUCGAACAGCGAUGCCGCAGCGCCGAGUCCAAGAUUGCCAUCUUGCUCGACCACAUGGAGGGCGGCGUCCAGGAGGACGAGCAGUACUCGGCCGGCGGGUCGCCUCACCUCGGCGGGAACGGCAGCGGCGCGCACGGCGGCGGUGGGAGCGCGACGGGCCACUCCUGGCAGAAGCAUGGCGGGCUCGACGGCGACGUCGGGCUCGAGUCGGACGCCGGGAGCGACUAUGGCACCGAGCAGCCGCAGCGACGGGCCUGAGCGUCGCCCUCUUCCCCUUCCCUUCCUUUUCCUCGACACGAAUCACGACCCUGAGCUUUGCGAUACCCCCACACACUCGUCUUCUCCCUCUCUCUCUCUCGUCACUAUGCCCUGGAUGGGCAGCUCAUCUCUGUACGAUCUCGGCUCCCUGGCGUGAAACCCGAUACCCAGUCGUUCGCCUCCUC